AUGCUGAAAUUUGUGAAGAAGAAGACGGGCGCAGCGACGACGCCGCCGCCGCCCGCCGUUGAGAUUUCCAGACCAAGCAAUUUGAUUGUUUCGAAACAUCGAUUAGUGCGGACGGAUGGAGAUUUUAUAUUGAUUAUGGAGGAUGAGAAAGUCAUCGGUCUCCUCGACAAGCGUGAUCUCGAGCUCGCCGUCGUGCCCACAUUCGACGCGCCGUCCCGCCGGAUCUCCACCACUUCCACACCGCCAACCACCUCCUCCUCUCCACAAAGUCAAGCGUACCUGAUACCGACUUCUUCGAGUUCAAAUCGUUCCGCUGUUGGAGAAGUAGACGUCGUUCCACUACUAUCCUCUCCCAUCGGUAUCUCCCCGAACAAGUAUAAGACACUGCCAGCCGGCGCGUUCUCAUCCAAACAACAGCAACAACAGCAGCCGUGGCUUCAAUGGCAAUUCUCACAGAAUCAUGAUUUCAACGAGCCAAUUUCUAAUUACAAAUCGACGAGUGUCGAGCAACUCUUUUCCCCGCCAAUUCCAACGCCUCGUAAUCGCUCAGAAUCCACACUUCAAGCUCAAGGAAGUCAUAAAUACGACACUAUCACAUUUGCACAGCCAAACGUCUCGAGUUCAGCGCAAUGUAACGUGGAAAUCCGGCUGGGAGACGAUCGUACUCCACCGCCCCCUCCGAAUCGGGCACCGCCCGUCCCUCUAUGCUAUACGCCGUGUCUGUCAGCAGUCUUUGUUCCAGCUGACAACUUGGAUUACACACAAGUGCAAUCAGUGUCAGUGGAAGACCCCGAUCUGGCAGAGAUGACGUUAGAUGAGAUGAGGAAGCAUGCGGAGGAUAUUGAGAGUUAUAUUCAGGGUCAAGUGCAGGAAAAAUGGUGUCAAGAGAAAGCGCAAACCGAGAAAUGGAUUGAAAAUAUCGCUGGGCGAGUGGCGAAAGCAGAGACAAUGAACACGAUCAAACUGGAAAUGUCCAGUAGAAAACGUCCAUCGCUAUCCCAUGCAUUCGACCAAUUCAAGGAAUCUUGUCCAUCGCUGGCUCCAUCGGAUCCUGAUCCUAACAAUGGUUAUGAGAGAUUGUAUUACAGUUCCAGAGAUGUUUCCAGAAAUGUUUCCAGAAAUGUUUCCCCAGUGAGACGACAGUUCAGUGCGGAAUCUGAUGGGGAUAUUGAAGAUAUCCGUUUUUAA